UUUCCCUUUCUCUCUCUCUCUCUCUUCCAGCUCGCUUUCUUCACCUUCGUCUGCUUCUGCGCACUCGCUGAAACUAGGGUUUUGGAAUGAUGUGAAGUUCGCGGAUUGUCCAGCAAACACGUGGAGCGGGUCGGUCGGUGGUGAGAGGCGGGCGGGAGAUGAGCCGGCCGUCGGUGCACCCGGUGGAGGCGCCACCGUUGACGAACGGGGGGGCUCAGAACUACGGGCCGAGGGUCAGGAUGAAGGACGUCCAAGGGAUGCCGGGGACUCGUGGCGGGCUCGUGCUCCGGCUCUGCCAGUUGGCGUUCGCCGCGAUCUCGCUCUGCGUCAUGGCCACCACCGGCGACUUCCCUUCCGUCACGGCGUUCCGCUACCUGGUUGCGGCUGUUAGCUUGCAAUGUUUGUGGAGCAUGUCGAUGGCACUUGUUGAUAUAUAUGCUCUCUUGGUGAAGCGAAGCUUUCGUAACUGCAGAGUUGUUAGCCUGUUCACCAUUGGCGAUGGGAUUACAUCGACCCUUACAUUUGCUGCUGCCAGUGCAUCAGCUGGCAUCACAGUCCUUAUCGGCAAUGAUCUUAACCGAUGUGCAGUGAAUCACUGUGCGAGAUUUGAGAGCGCCACAGCAAUGGCAUUUAUCAGUUGGUUCGUGGCAUCACCAUCCUUUCUCUUCAACUUCUGGUCAUUGGCUUCCCAGUAAAUAUCUGCCAACAGAAAACGUCUUCCGCCAACUUCGCUUCUUUCAUCCGAGCCCAUAUAAUUCUCUUUCUUGCGCCAUUUAUUGGCUUUCUGAUUGCUUCUGCUCUGUAUAUAACAGGAAUUUUGCUUUGAGUUUAAUGAAGUGUUUGCUUUUGAGAUUGCGAUACCAAUUUCAUUCACAGAAAUCGGUUGAUUUA